AUGCAAGUGAAGGCACUGACAAAAGAAACUCCCUUGACUGACAAAUACCGCGAAGUGUUUGAGCCGGGUUACGGAGCAAUAAGAGGGUUCAAGGCGAGCAUUGUUGUUAAAGAAAACGCUUCACCUGUAUUCUGUAAGGCGCGAUCAGUGCCGUAUGCGCUACGCGAACAAGUCAAGCAGGAAUUGGCAAACUUAGAAAAAGCUGGAGUCAUUUACCGGGUGCGGCACAGUGCGUGGGCGACACCUCUGGUGAUCGUGCCCAAGAAAAAUGGCAAGGAGCUUCGGCUAUGUGGUGACUACCGUGUCACAGUAAAUCCUGCCAUUGAGAUAGACCAGUACCCGCUCCCUCUGCCAGAAGAUAUUUUUGCAACUUUACAUGGUGGAACUGUCUUUUCGGUUCUGGACUUGUCCAAGGCGUACUUACAGCUCGAAUUGGACGAGCGAGCACAAGAACUGCUCACUGUCAAUACCCGCCUGGGGCUGUUCAGGUUCCGGCGCUUGCCAUACGGCGUAGCCUGUGCACCGGUGGUGUUCCAGGCCGUGAUGGAUCAGAUUCUACACGGCCUCUCAGGAAUGGCCUGUAACUUAGAUGACGUUGUCAUCGCAGGCGCAGAUAGAAAGCAAUGCCAUGACAGGUUGGAGCAGGUGCUCAUACGCCUAAGAUAA